UGCAGAAUAUAAAAUCUCUCUCCUUUUCUCUAUUUCCCCUUCCUCGCUUCAUUUCUGGGAAUCUCUGUUUAUUGGAAAUCUCUCCCUGAAUUCAUUGUAGGUAGUUUGGGAUUUGUAGUAUUGGCUUAAAAUGUCUUCCCCGAGUAAGAGGAGAGAAAUGGAUGUAAUGAAGUUGAUGAUGAGUGAUUAUAAUGUGGAAACAAUUAAUGAUGGGCUCAAUGAAUUCAACGUCAAGUUUCAUGGUCCCAAAGAGAGUCUCUAUGAAGGUGGAGUUUGGAAAAUUCGGGUUGAGCUUCCAGAUGCUUAUCCAUUCAAAUCUCCUUCUAUUGGAUUUGUGAACAAGAUAUUCCAUCCGAAUGUUGAUGAACUGUCCGGUUCUGUAUGCUUGGAUGUAAUUAAUCAAUCAUGGAGUCCAAUGUUUGAUCUAUUAAAUAUUUUCGAAGUUUUCCUUCCACAACUCUUGCUUUAUCCAAACCCUUCAGACCCCCUAAAUGGGGAUGCAGCAUCUUUGAUGAUGAAGGAUCGAAAGCAAUAUGAUCAAAAAGUAAAAGAGUACUGUGAGCGAUACGCAAAGAAGGAAGACACGACGAAAUCCAUAGGUGACAACCAGACUGAUGACGACAUCACUGAUGAAGAAACCGGAUCUAGUGAUGAUGAAAUUGCUGGACAUGCAGAUCCAUAGCUUACCUUGGAUGGCUACUAUGAAUUGAACAUUCAGUGAAAGCGAUGAUGAACCCCUUUGUCGUUCUCCUAGUCAUAGAUAAAAAUAGAAAGUGGUAAGUAAAGUUAGUGAUUUCCAACAUGCUAGGACCCAAAAGGAAAAAUGGCAAUAACUAUUGAUACAUUAAAAAUCAAAUAUUCUUAUCAAACACCAGCUUGUAUCUUCUUUUCCCAUAGAUCCUGUACUAAGGGAAUACAUUGUCUUGUAUUUGUAUAUGUAUAUGUUUGGUAUUCGAUGACAUUUGUUUUAACGUUAUGCUGAAAUAAACAUUUGUUCAUUGAA